AUGGAGCCAAAUCAGUGUCCUCACUGUACUAAUGGUCAGGCUGCACCAGGUAGUGAGGACUGUCCAUUACUUAUGUCAGCCUAUAUUCUUGCUGGUCUAGCAAUGAUGCUUAACAUUAGGCUUUCAUAUAGUUCUGCUCCAUAUGCACUCAUUAGGUUUAAAUUGCCUGAAAACCUAUUCAGUGUUUUUGUGAGAAGAAUGGCUAGUGCACUUGAACUAUGGUGUUUACCAAGUAUGCUACUGGGUAACUUCAUGGAAUAUGGUCUCAAAGGAUACUAUCAAACACAAAACUACACAUCAGACUUCGGCAUCGGAGGUGGUAAUCUCAAAGACAAAGAAUUCGGCAUCACAACCGGCUACAAAGUCAGCGGCGGCGAGAGCAAAAAAGUCGAAAUCAUCUUUACCAAUAUCCCUAACAUCGACACCCUCGUACCUGCUAGACUACUCAAGUUCACAUGGAUCAUAUUUCCAUCCAUAGUUGCUCAAUGGUUAAACUUCCUCACAUAUGUAAUUUUAUUUUUUGUUUAUGUUAUUGGUGGUGACCAAGGUCAUCUAACUUUAUUUUACUUUGUAAUAGCAAUAUCUGGCUUUGUGUUCGGUAUCAAUAUGGUAUUGGUGUAUGCUGCUGAUUGGAAUUAUACCCCUGUCUAUAUUGUUGGUGAAAAUACAUUUCCUAUUGUAACCUCAUUCAUGCACUAUAUAUCAACACUCAUAUUUGGUAAUCGGAGGAAAUGGAAUUCUGACUUCAUACUAGUCUUGAUUGACAUAUGGGUAGCAAUCAUUAUAUCCUUUGUAGCAGCUGCAGUAUGGACUGCAGCCUAUGGCUACUAUCUUGAUACUCAAAAAGAAAAUGUUAUUACAUUUCAUAGGGGUAAUACUAAGGCUGCUGGUCCUACUGAUCUCAGUGAUAUUACUAUCGAUAGUAUCACCAUAACUGACACCAAGGGUAAGCCAACUGCUACUUAUAAUCAGGGUGGUCCUGCUCCUCCAGAUGCUCCAACUCUUAUCAUUACAAAGGAUGGUCAGACUACUGCUACUACUCCUGCUACUUUUACUAAGCAAGAGGCUACUCCUCCUGCUGGUACUCCGAAUAGUAUUAUUCUUAAAUAUACUAGGCCGGGUACUAAGGGUAGUGCUAUUACUAUUACAGGUAAACCUGAUAUUGUUCCUUUUGGUCAUAUAUUUACUGAAAAGUUUGAUACCAGUACAGUUCGCUGGCAAAUAAUUUCUCCUACACUCAUGGUUAUUGUAGGUAUGGGUUUAGUUUAUGCUAUUUAUCCGGGUAUCGCACCUGGUAUGAUUGUGCCAUUCUAUCUCAUUGAUAAGAUUGAGAUGGUUCUCCUGAUAGCUACAUUCUUUCCACCAGUGAUCGUAGCCCUUCUUAACAGAGGAACAUUUGGUGAAUCUACCAAAGCUUAUUCACCUAAAAACGAAUAUCAAGCACAUAAAUUUGGCGAAUAUGAACAAGGUUUUGGUGGCUGGAGAUCAUACAUAAAACACAAACCCAAUCAGAACUAUACAGACUGCGACACCUCUGAACCUAAAACUCCUGAUAUUCAUAAUUGGUUCUGGCACUUCUUUGACAUCCUUAUAGUUAUCAAAAUUUCUCUCGCUGCUAUUUUUAUAUACUCUUUGCAUUAUAGAGAUUCCGACAUAUCUAGAUCUAUCAUUAAUCAACCAAAAAUGUCCACAGCACUCUCCAUUGUAUUUUAUAUGUGUCAUGAAAUUCUUCUGGCAUUAGGAUUUGCUGGUGUUAUUGGUAAUAAUGGAGGUACAUAUGUUGUGCUACCAGCGCAAUACAUAGGAGCGCUAUUUAUGAUAUUUUUGGCAUUUUAUUCAGAGGGAUACAUUAUAGAAUAUAAAAGCCACGAUCCUGCUCAUUUGCCCACUGACUGA